UCUCCUCAAGCGACAGACAUGAAGGCUCUCGUUGUUGUGGCGCUGGCAGCUGCCACCGUCGGCCAGCAGUUCCAGCAGCAAAGGCAGUAUGACACUGCCGUCCGCCUUGCCACUCCCGGAUACUUCCAACAGGGCGGAAGCUUCACCUCUCCUUCCUUCCGCAACACGAAUGGCCGACUGCAAGGCGAUUCCUUCCAGAACUCUUUCCAAACUGCCACUUCAGACAGCAACAGCUUCCGUCAGUCUGGACUCUUCCAAAACAGCAACCAGCUCCAAAGGAAUGCUGACACCAACCGCAACCAGUUCCAGACUACUUCAUUCCAGCAGAGUUCCUUCGACUCGAAUGCCUUCCAGCAGAACAGCGGAAGUCCAUUCCAGCAAAACUCAAAUGCUCAGUCUGGAAACAGCUUCCAGUCAGGUUCCAAUCAGUUUGAUUCUGACAACCGAUUCCAGACCAGCUUCAUCAACCAGAAUUCCAACAACAGAUUCCAGUCUGCCUUCAACAACCAGGACUCCAACAACCGAUUCCAGUCCACCUUCAACAACCAGAAUUCCAACAACCGAUUCCAGUCCAGCUUCAAAAACCAGGAUUCCAACAACCGAUUCCAAUCAAGCUUCAACAACCAGAAUUCCAACAACCGAUUCCAGUCCACCUUCAACAAUCAGGAUUCCAGCAACCGCUUCUCUCAGAACUCUCAGGCCAGUUCCUUCCUCCGAUCCGGUUCGUCGAUCGAUUCCUCCGUUAACUCCGUCAGUGGCGUCUUCGAGCCUCUGAACCUUCCCUCUGGUGCUAGCUUCCUGUUGGGGAGUAUCUCGUCCUCCUUCAACUGCCUCGACCGUCCCUACGGCUACUACGCUGACCAGGACAACUCAUGCCGUGUCUUCCACGUGUGCAACCCAGCACUCUUCUCCAAUGGCGCCGUCGAAACCUACCAGUACAGCUUCAUGUGCGGUGAGGGAACCGUGUUCGACCAGAAGGAGCUGGCUUGCGUAACGGAGUCGUCCGCCAUCCCCUGCCAGGAAUCCUCCAACUACUUCUACACCAACGAGCAGUUUGGACGCCCCGAAGACAAGGCACUUUAAGAGACUCAGAGAGAAUUCUCUGGAGUGAUGGAUUAUUUCGUUGAUGAUCUGCAGUGUGUGAGGAAGAAAAAGAUGGGGAGUAUGUUUCGUACUGGUUGUAGUAUGUGAAAUAGUAAAUGCCUUUAGGUGAAGUGCAAUUUUCAAUAAACUAACCACAAAAA